UCCUGCACAUGCGCAGUGCCGUUAGCCGUUAGCCGCUGCGGUGAGCAUCGGAGUGGAAACAGAAGGACCAAAACAGAGCCAGAAAACCCGAAAUACGGAGAAGAACAGCGGGAAUCCGGAGGAGCCGGUCUGACGGAGGAGACAUGGACCAGCUGGAGCGUCCCAGAGACGAGGAGGACCAGGAGGACGCGGACUGUCGCCAUGACAACAGCGACGGCAUCAACAACAACAACAACAACAACCGACGCAAGACGGUGUGUCCAGCAGCAGGAGAACACCCCCUCCAGUACAACUACACCUUCUGGUACAGCAGAAGAACCCCAACCAGACCUGCCAGCUCUCUGAGCUACGAGCAGAACAUCCGACAGAUCGGAACCGUCGCCUCGGUGGAGCAGUUCUGGAGGUUCUACAGUCACCUGGUCAGACCAGGAGACCUUAGUGGUCACAGUGACUUUCACCUGUUCAAGGAGGGGAUCAAGCCCAUGUGGGAGGACGAGUCCAACCGCAGCGGAGGGAAGUGGAUCAUCCGUCUGCGUAAAGGUCUGGCCAGUAGGUUCUGGGAGAACAUUAUCCUGGCCAUGCUGGGAGAACAGUUCAUGGUGGGAGAGGAGAUCUGUGGAGCCGUGGUGUCCAUCCGCUUCCAGGAGGACAUCCUGUCCAUCUGGAACAGAACCUCCAAUGAUCAGACAACAACAUCCAGAAUCAGAGACACUUUGAGACGAGUCCUGAACCUUCCAGCCAACACCAUCAUGGAGUACAAGACCCACAACGACAGCCUCAGGGACAACUCGAGCUUCAGGAACACCAAGAUCUCCCUCUGAGGACCAAUCAGGACUCAGCAUCACCUCAGAGAGAGAGAGAGAGAGAGAGAGAGUGUGUGUGUGUGUGUGUGUGUGUGUGUGUGUGUGUGUGUGUGUGUGUGUGUGUGUGUGUGUGUGUGUGUGUGUGUGUGUGUGUGUG